ACCCGGGCGCUGCGGGUGCCGCCCCCGGUUGUCGGGGCGGGGUCGGACGCGGGACGCUCCGCGCGCUGCCUCGCGGCCCCGGAGGCCUCCGCGCAUCUCGCCGCCUCUCCGCCUCCCGAGCCGGGCCGCCCGUCCGAGAGUGUUGGAACCAGGGAUCAAACGCAUGACCUCUUUGCCGGCUAUUCAGGCGCUUGUGCUGCUGAGCUAAGUCCUCAGCUGAAAUACAAGCAUUUCAAGAGAGUCUUCUGGAGGGACUUUCCUUGGUCACUGUGAACCCAGAUUUCCUAGCGUGUUUUUGGAAAAAAAUCACAGUUUCGCUGUGAAAAAGGACAUGAGGAGACUAAAGACUUGGGAUUUUGCUGAUCAGAAUGAAACGAAUGUUGAAAGACUUUUCAAAUCUGUUGCUGGUGGUGCUUUGUGACUAUGUCUUUGGAGAAGCUGAAUAUCUUCUUCUGGGAGAGCCUGGCCAUGUAGCACUAAGCAACAGCACGGUGUCGGUGGAUUUCCAGUAUUUGGAGGGCACCAAUGGGACACUGAGGAAUGUAUCUGUCCUGCUGUUGGAGGCCAACACCAAUCAGACUGUUACCACCAAGCACCUUUUAACCAACGAGUCUCAGGGAACACUCGAGUUUGAGUGCUUCUACUUCAAGGAGGCUGGUGACUACUGGUUCAUCAUGACUCCAGAGGUGUCAGACAACUUUACUUUAGACCCUUGGUUGGAGACAAGUGUCUUUCUUAAGGUGGAAUGGCCCGUCUUUCACGUCGACUUGAAUAGGACAUCUCAGGCAGCAGAAGGCACCUUCCAGGUAGGCCUUUUUACCAGUCAACCUCUGUGUCCAUUUCCUGUGGACAAGCCUGACAUGUUGGUGGACGUCAUUGUCACUAACAGUCUCCCAGAGAUGAGAACAAGCCCAGGACAGCCACUGGAGAUAAGAACCAGCAAAAGGACAGAGCUCACUCAAAGUCAGUGGGUUGAGUUUGGCUGUGCACCUGUGGGGCCAGAAGCCUAUGUCACCGUGGUGCUGAAGCUGCUUGGCCAGAACUCAGUCAUUACCUCUACGGGACCCAUUGACCUGGCCCAGAAAUUUGGAUACAAAUUGGUGAUGGUGCCAGAGCUGACAUGUGAGUCUGGGGUGGAGGUGAUGGUCCUGCCGCCACCAUGUACCUUUGUCCAAGGAGUAGUUACUGUCUUCAAGGAGGCCCCCAGGCUCCCUGGGGAAGGAACAAUUAAGCUGGCCGAAAACAGCUUGCCCCUGGGAGAGAGAAGAACAGUAUUUAACUGCACUUUGUUUGAUAUGGGAAAGAAUAAAUACUGCUUUAACUUUGGCAUUUCGAGGAGAAGCCAUUUUUCUGCAAAGGAAAAGGAGUGCAUGCUAAUCCAGAGAAAUAUAGCUGCCCUCAGUCCAUCUGGUGAGCAUUUGGUGAGCUCCUUGGAGAAGAACCUGCGUGUGGAAACUUGGGGGCUGUGGCAGCCAUGGAACCCGUGUAGCACCACGUGUGGGGAUGGUAUCAGAGAGCGUCGCCGUGUGUGUCUCACUUCCUUCCCCAGCAGACCUGGCUGCCUGGGAAUGUCCUCGGAGACCUCCUUGUGUUCCCUGGAGGAGUGUCCUGCUUUCCAGCCAUCCAGCCCAUCUUCUCUUCCGCCAGAGGGUCCAGUGAAGUCCAACAACAUUGUGACUGUCACAGGGAUAUCCCUGUGCUUGUUCAUCAUCGUGGCCACCGUGCUCAUCACACUGUGGAGGAGGUUUGGGCGGCCCCCAAAAUGCAGCACCCCUGCUCGACACAACUCCAUCCAUUCCCCUGGCUUCCGCAAGAACUCAGACGAGGAGAACAUCUGUGAACUGAGCGAGCAGCGCGGGAGCUUCUCCGACACAGGCGAUGGGCCUGGGGGGAGUCCAGCGGACAGUGGCAUCCCUCUGACCUACAGGUGCAGCGGGCCAGCGACUCCGGAGGACGAUGCCUCUGGCAGUGAGAGCUUUCAGUCCAAUGCACAGAAGAUCAUCCCCCCUCUGUUCAGCUACCGCCUUGCUCAGCAGCAGUUGAAAGAGAUGAAGAAGAAAGGUCUGACCGAAACCACCAAAGUGUACCACGUGUCUCAGAGUCCCCUGACAGACACGGCCAUUGAUGCUGCAGCUGGCCCUCCCUUAGACUUGGAAAGCCCGGAAGAAGCGGCAGCGGCGACAGCAGCAAAUAAGUUCCGGAUCAAAUCCCCAUUUUUGGACCCAUCAGUGGUGAGCACUGGGGAGAGGCCUCCCUCCAGGCUGGAUUUCAGCCUGGCCCAGGCCAGCUGUGCAGUCAGCCCCAGCCAGACCCUCUUGCGCAGGUCUCAGCUGCGGCACAUGGCAGGCAGAGGGGGCUCUUCUGAGAGGAGCCAUUCCCGGAAUUCCCACUUCAGGAGAACGGCCAGUUUCCAUGAAACCAAGCAGGCCCGGCCAUUCCGGGAGAGGAGCAUGUCCACUCUGACUCCACGGCAAGCCCCCACCUACAGUUCUAGGACUCGGACCUGGGACCAGACAGAGGACAAGUUUAGGCCUCCAAGUCGAGGUGCCCACCAGGUUCCUGAAAGAUUGGAGUAUUACCAAGGAGCAGGUGCAGCCAGUGGUCCAUUAAGUGCUGUCCCUAAAUCCUACACCAUGGGCCAGCCCACAGGGAAGCCCGACCUGGCAGAUCGCCAGGCUGGAUUAGUGGCAGGAGUGGAGAGAACAGAGCCUCACCGAGCUCGGAGGGGGCCGUCCCCCAGCCACAGGAGCAUCUCAAGGAAGCAGUCUUCUCCCACCUCCCCCAAAGACACUUACCAGAGGGGCAGUCCCCUGAGCCCUUCUCAAUGCAGAAAGGACAAGUGUCAGAGCUUCCCGGCCCAACCCGAGUUUGCCUUCUAUGACAACACGUCAUUUGGCCUCUCUGAGGCCGAGCAGAGGAUGCUGGACCUCCCAGGAUAUUUCGGGUCAAACGAAGAGGAUGAAACCACAAGUACACUUAGUGUGGAGAAGCUGGUAAUCUAGGCAGGAACCUGCCUGAGAUAUUUCAUGGCUGGGGACCCUUGCCCAGGUUGAUAUCAGCUGUUCACAUUGUUCUGUGGACUGUUUGUGUAACCGUGUAUACAAACUUGUGUAUGCACGUUUUAAUUAUUAAGGAGGAAAUUAUUUUUCCUGAACUUUCCUUUUACUAUCCUAUUUCUAUUGGCUUGUUACUAAUAAAAAUAAUAAAAUUUAAAUAAAAGCAAA